AUGUCAAACUCUACAGGCUUUAUCGCCGAUUUACCUGGCCUUUUCACAGACAUACCAGGCUUUGUUGCUGAUAUCCCCUCUCGGGUUGACUUCACCUCUAUACCCGUUAUCUUAUCUUCCACUGUUGCUGUCCUUGCCUUCACAUCCUUCAUCAAAUAUGUCGCUGAGAGACAGCAAGAAAAGUCAAUGGGCUUCGGCCAUGUCCCAACUCUCUGGCAAUGGGAUCCAUUCUAUGGUGUUGACGCCUUCAUUGCUAUGCUACUAGCUCUGAAGAACAAUCGCUACGUACCAUGGCUGGACAGCUUACACGCCAAGAUGCCCAAGACUUUCGCUCUCACCUUCCUUGGUGGCCGUCAGAUUUGGACUAUUGAGCCUGAGAACCUCAAGACUGUGGCCAACAAUCUUGCUGAUUUCCAGGUUGGUCCUAUUCGCUACAACAGCAAAGCUGGACAGCCCUUCGCUGAGAAGGGUAUUGUUGGCGCUGAUGGCAAAGACUGGGAAUUUGCCCGCGCGCUUGUCAAACCAUUCUUUAUGCGAGAGUGGUACGCCAAUACUGAGCGCAUGGAGCCUUUUGCCGAGAGGUUCUUUGCAGGUAUUCCUGCUGAUGGCGAAACUUUUGAUAUGUUUCCCCAUCUGCGAACCUGGUCAUUGAAUCUGAAUCUCCAGUUCCUCUUUGGCGAUUACUCUGAUAUUGUCACUGAAGAGGAGACCAAUAAGACCACUGAUGCGUUCAUCACUGGUUUGGCAUAUGCACGAAUCCGCCUUCUCUUACACCGCGUUCUCUGGCUCUUCCCAUGGAAGACAUGGUACAAGGUUGUUGGUACAAUUCACAGUUAUGUCAAUAAGCAUAUCGCCAAGGCCCGUGCUGAACUUAAAGAGCGCGAGGAGCGCAUCAGCAAGGGCCUUCCUGUUGGGCCGGAGAGACGGGAUGUCUGCUGGCACAUGGUUCGGGAGUUGCCGAAUGACGAUGAAGUCAGAUCUCAUCUGUGCUUGCUCUUUGUUCCCAACAAUGAGACUACUCUGAUCUUCCUGUCCAAUGUGAUGUGGAAUCUGGCCAGGCAGCCCGAGAUCUGGGAGCGACUGCGUGAAGAAGUAAAGGGCAAAGAGUUGAACUUCAACAGUCUUCGCAGCAUGAAGCUCCUUCAGAACGUUCUCACUGAAGCUCAUCGCAUCACCCCUGUCGGUCUCUUCAUCGCCCGCGCCGCAGUUCGUGACACGACCCUCCCGCGAGGCGGCGGUCCCAAAGGCGACCAGCCCGUGCGCGUGCGCAAAGGUAACAUUGUGCAGAUCAACAAGGCAGUCAUGUACAAAGACCCAGACUACUGGGGCGAUGACGCCUUGGAGUUCAACCCGGACCGCUUCGAUAAGAUGCGUCCGGGGCUGAGUCUUACACCGUACAACACCGGGCCAAGACGAUGUCCUGGUGAGAUGAUGACGAUGAAUGAGUGUGGGUAUAUGGUUGCUCGUAUGGCGCAGACUUACAAGAGGUUGGAGUGUAGAGACCCCACGCCGUUUGUGGGUGUUUUCCGUAUUGGGCAGUUGAAUAAGAAUGGGUGUCAGGUUGCUGUAUACAGAGAGUAG